CACUUCUCCUCAUACUCCCUUGCAUACCCUUUACAUGGUAGACUGUGUGUCUUUACAUUCACCUGUGAGGAUGAGUGCCUGUUACCUCUGUAUAGGACUCCUGCACAUCAGCCUAUGGCUUGCGGUCGACACACAGACAGCGUUCACCAUUGAUCAGGUGAUGUUGACUCUUCUUCCUGGUAAUGAGGUGGCGACUGGCACUAGCGUGACCUUGCGUUGUGAAGCCAAGGUCAGUCAAAGUGUUCCCCAGCCCCUCACAUACACCUUCAGCUUCCUGCUGGACGAUCAGGUGGUGUACUCCAAAAAAAUCAGUGAUGCAGCCGUGGAGCGCAGCUUAUCUCCAGCCAGGGUGUCUAACUCGGGUCUCUACAAAUGUUCUGUCCACAUAUACGACAAAUUUAAGAAGAGCGACGGUCAGAGACUUACUGUCACAGGCUUUCAAACCCCCUUGCUGAAGGUGAAGUCUGAUAUCGUGUCUGAGGGAGAAGACAUCCAUGCCACAUGCAGUGCUGGAGAGGAGACCGGCAGUCUGAUGUACUUCUUUUACGAGAAUGACCAGGAGGUGAAGCGGGUCACUAGUAGCAACAGCUCUGUGACGACUACACUUACCAUGCAGAAGCUCAGAGACACUUACCUGCAAUGUGCCUAUAUGGUCAUGAUGCAACCAAAAGCGGGCAAUUCCAACAAGAGCAACACUGUGAAAGUAAUCGUACAAGAUCUUGAGGGGAUCACCCCUAAUAUACAUAUUUCCCCCAAAGCAAAUGUUGUUGAGGGUGACCGGGUAACGAUCAAAUGUCAUGUGCAAUACCCCUCUGAUCUUGAGGUUUUCCUCACCAAAGGCAGCACUGUACUUCAUAAAUCUCACACAGGCUUCUCACACAGCUUUACAGUAAGAGUGGAGGAUUCAGGGGAAUAUGUUUGUAAAGCAGAGAAAGGCAACGUGCAAAAGAAGACAACCUAUUGGCUAAAUGUAGCAGAACUGUUCUCGAGGCCCAUUUUAAGACUGAUCCCAGAUCAGGUGUUUGAAGGAGAACACUUCCAUCUGAACUGCAGCAGUGUCAUAAUCUCCACACAAAAAAUCAGCAGAGCAGAUAUAAAGUAUGUUUUGCUGAAAGAAAAUAGGCUUAUUGCUUCAUUGGCCAACUACACAGACACUGCCAGGCGCACCACCAAUGGGAAAUACUCCUGCAUGGCUGAGGCAAAGGGAAUUAACAAGACCAGCUUACCACUCGUUUUUAAAGUGAAAGUGCCCGUUUCUGCUCCAGUCAUUCGUGCUGUUAGUAAGGUGAUUGUGGGUCGGUCAUUCAAGGUUUUGUGUGAGGCUGAGAAUGGAACGCUGCCCAUAUCCUACACAUUAAUGAAAGGACACAGUCGGGUGGCUGAUGUGACAGUGGUUGAGGCAGCUGACAGGGCGUUCUUCGAUAUAACCUACAUUAGUUCUCCACAGGAGAUCAACAACUUCACUUGCCAGGCUCAUAACCAGGGGCCAUCAUUAAGUAUGCACAGUGGCCCCCUCAGAGCACCGGUCAUAGUACCAGUCUCCAAGCCAGUGCUUAUGGUGGAGCCGAAGGGAUUUACUGUCACAGAGGAGUCAGAUCUGCUCCUCAUCUGUAGUGUACAGCAAGGCACUAACCCCAUCACCUUCACCUGGUAUCAUUAUGGGGUUUUGAUCCCUUUCUCCACCCAAGAAGUCAUGAAGUCACAAGGUACACAUGUCGUCAAGGCCAUCAAACGAGACCAAAGAGGCAGCUAUUACUGCGAGGCGUCCAAUCAAGCAAUUGACAGUCACAGCAGUUUUCCAGUCACAAUUGCGGUCAGUUUAGCCAUUUGGAAGAAGGCUCUUAUUGGAGUUUCCUGUAUCUUGCUUUUGGUGGCAAUCAUCAUAGUUCUGACAGUCUUUUUCAAGAAAAUGUCAAACCCACGCAGAAAAAAGCAAGCAAAUGAGUUAUCAGUAAAACCAAGACCUAAAUCAGGUGACCCAAUGAGAAUGAGCCUUACUCUUGACAUUGAAGACAACACUGCUCUCAAUGGAACUCCAUGUGUGAUGGGCAGGAAUGUCUGGAGUGAAAAUGUAUCAGGUUCAGAAUCUGAAGAUCAAAGUAAGGAGGACACUGAGCUGGUUCAACCACAGGAAGUGGAUCCAAGCAAAGAAGUCCUGAUGAAGAAAGCUAUAGAGUGUGAAAACAGUGUCCAGUAUACAGAGGUCCAGGUGUCAACACAAGGAGCUUUGGAGCAGACAGAGGACGUAAGUGAAGCACACAGACACACAGAUCCAAAUGUAGCAGGCAGCUCUGGAGUAUGUACAACUCAGCAACAGUGAGCAAGAACCUGCGUAGAGAACACCAGCACUGUCCCCAGAUGCUUACUGGAUCUACUGCAACCUAUUUAUUCAGCUUCUCCUCCACCUGAAGCUCAUUUUCAUUGAGGAUGAUUUGGCAAAUUUCACUUUUUAUAUUAUUAUUAUUACUUUGUGGCUAGGUUUUUUUUUUUUUUUACUUAAGUGUUUUUAGUGUGUUGUGAUGUUAUCUAUCAGAGAUUAAAAUCUGAGAAAUCAAAUGAAGGAUUUUUCUGUCUCUUUUAGUUUUUUCUCCCUUUGAUGAUUUUUCAAAUGGUUUUGCUUCCAGAACACGAGGGAGCCACUGAACCAUUGGAAAAAGGAAGUCUUU